GUAAGGAGUGGCGGGAUGUCACGUGUCCUCUCAUCCCAGCCAUUGUCCAGAGUCACGUGGUGUCACCGGCACAGAAGAUGCUGCUGCUAACGGGGGUCCCAGGGCACAGGAUCUCGUCUCCAGCUGUGGUCUUCCCCUUCUGGUGUCUCUGACAGUGGAGAAUGGUGGUGGACGCCGCUCGCCAGGCCUAUAACACAAUGUCGUCUACAUCUUCUGAUAAGAGUGAGGCCCACUCCAAGAAGAAGUCCUCUCAGAUGAACGGCUUCCAUGUGCCCCCGCAGCCUGGUCCCAGCAGGAGCCUGAGUAGGAGCCUCUCGUCGGGUGUGGUGGCCCAGCGGAGGCUCUCGGGGUGCGCGCUCUACGGGGGGGCAUGUAGUUGGCUGCGUCGCAGUGAGAGCUCCUGCACCCUCAACAGUAGCAGCAGCAGCAGCAGCUCCCGGGGCAGAAUGCGUCCUGCCGGGUCUCUGCCGUCCAUCAGUAAGGCUGCUGACAGCAAGGCCAUAAAGAGGACCUCCUGCCUCCUUGUCGCUCUUCGGCCCACCAAUGUGGAGCAGGAGCGUGAUAAUUUCUUCCUCUCCAACUAUAGCUACAACCCACAAUUCCAGUAUCAGGAACCCAUGUCCCUCAGUGUGCUGGAGAAAUACAGCCAAGCAUCGAACCAGUUCCUGGUCCAGUCGCUGAGAAUACUGAACGCGGUCCUGGACAAAUAUGGAAGUUAUGAAAGCUUUGAGUCACAGACUGGAGGAAAUCUGCUCAGCAAGUGUCAGAUCUGGUCGUGUUGUCGGCGGUACAUGCAGAAAGAGAACUGCAGCGGUGAGGUGGUGGUCCAGCUGACCGAAGACUUGCUGUCUCAGGCGGUCAUGACAAAUGAGAACAGCCGUCCGACACUAACCAUCAACUUACUAGGUGCACGGCAGCACUGGCUGGAGGGGAUGCUCCGACACGAGAUAGGGACGCAUUACUUGCGAGGAGUGAACGACGCUCAGCAGCCCUGGCAUGGUUCAGAAGGUCGCAAACAAUUUGGAUUGAAGCCAGCCAACCCCACAGAGGAAGGCCUGGCUAGCCUGCACAGCGUGCUUUUCAGGAAACACCCCUACUUGUGGCGCGCUGCCCUCCUCUACUACGCCAUCAGUCGUGCCGCCACCUGCAGCUUCUCCAACCUGUUUAAUGACCUGCAGCAGUUUGUAGAAGACCCUGCUGUGCGGUGGGAGUACUGUGUGCGGGCCAAGAGGGGCCAGAAGGACACCGGACAACCAGGCUGCUUCAGCAAAGAUCAGGUCUAUCUGGACGGCAUCAUCCGCAUCCUGCGACACCGCCACUCCAUUGACUUCCGCCUGCUGACUUCUCUGGGAAAGGUCGCCUUCGAGGACGUGGAGCGGCUUCGUCCAUUUGCUCAGAUGAAGGACGCUCGUCUUCCUCACUUCAUGCAGGACAUGGAGAAGUAUCAUCACCAUCUGAAUCACAUCAUGGUGAUGAACCAGCUGAGCGACGAGGAGCUCCGGAGCCUUCUCCCAGACUGACACGCUCUUUCUAUAUUUAUUCAUGGGGGACUGGACUUUUCUAUUGGGUCACACGAGCCUCACCUUUUUUAUUCUUACGCUUUUUAUUAGUUUUAAUAACGCUCUGAAGGUCCCGGGGAUCGUGGAAGGUGUGAUCCCCAUGGUUGUGUGUUGUGGCCCCGGGCUCUGUUUAUUAAACGGACUGAUCCUCGUCA